UCAAAGCGACCCGACCAGUUUAGCUGACCCGCCGAGCGCCACUCAAGUAAAGCAAAGGUCUUGCUAACCUGGACGGAAGAGCAAAUUGUAUGAAAUCGUCGCGACCCACCAGAUUAACCUGACCUACAAUUGGACCAUAUGAUCAUCUCCUAAUUUGCUAUACAGUCCUGGUACUUCAAUAUAGAAAGUGUAGUACAGUAUGCCAAUUAACCGCUCACCUCCACCGCCAGUUCUGACGUCACCACACAUGAUGGCCACGGCGUCAGAACCUGAUUUAUCCAUGGUACAAGAAAGAGACAAAGACAACAGGUCUUUUACAAUGGAACGACGUAAAGGAAAGAGAAAUUUCGACGAGCGAAAAGAAGAGGAACUUAGCUCCUUCAUGGAAGAAAUUAGAACUAUGAUCUCUAGUUCUGCUGCCAAACAGCAAAGCGAGUUCCAAGCACUACAAGCUAGCCUUAAAGAAAUAAAAUAUCAGAAUGACGAAAUAAACAAAGCUAUGACUUUUCUGUCAGAAAAAUACGAAGAAAUGCGCGUAAAACUUGAAGUGGCGGAAUCGGAAAAGACAAAAAGCCUGACAUACAUAAAAGAACUGGAAGAAAGGGUAGAAAACCUUGAAAAAAAUUCACGAUCUUCAAGCAUAGAAAUACGAAAUAUACCUGCAAUGGACAAAGAAAAUAAAGAAGAUCUCAUAAAUAUACUGAAAGAAAUCGGAAAGACUACCGACAUUCCAAUCGACUCAUCUGAAAUUCGAGACAUUUUUCGUAUAAAAACAAAGAGUAAAGCAAACCCCAUCAUAGUUGAGUUUACAACUGUGCCGAAGAAGGAAACACUGCUAACAUCAUUAAAAAAGUGUAGGCAUGACAACAAGAGAAUAAGCACUUCCCUUCUUAAAAUCAAUGGCCCGGAUCAACCUAUUUACAUCUCCGAGAAUCUGACUACGAAAGGUAAGCGCCUGCACUACCUGGCCCGUGAAUUUGCGCAAGCAAACAACUGGAAGUUUUGCUGGGUAGCACAUGGUCAUGUUUACCUACGGAAGAUGGAGGGUGCAACAACCAAACGCAUUAAUAGCGAAGCCGACCUUCAGCAGUUGCUGCAAUGACUAGCAUUAAGUGCUAAGCCUAUAGCUGAGUUCUUUCUCUUGU